UUAUUAGUAAUAAAAAUACUCAUACUAUUAAUAGCUAGUACAGUACUCUAGCUAGUAUGUCAUACUAGUACUCGAGAACUCAAGUAUUAUUUUAAAAAUACUGGAGUACCAGGUACUAAGUAAUGGAUAGAUUCACUACCGGUUGAACAGGUUUGAAUGGGGUAGCGACCAGUCGUUUUGCGCGCGGGUAGGUACCGGUACUGUACUUCGCUGACUUCACACCCAUCACGAAACCAAGCAAACAUGACAAUCGACCAGCGACCAUGACAACAGCAAAAGCAGCAGCAACAACAACAAACGGCACGGCAGAGAAGGAGCCAUCCUUCUACGACGAAGAAGACAAUCUUAAGAAGCUAUGUGACUUUCUGCGUUCUCGUGAAGGCCCCGGUGUGCGGGAGGCUUUGUUCAUGGAAAAACGUGUUCAUUAUCUGAAAGGCGAGAAACUUGUGAACUUUCUGGUAGAACCCAAAAAAGGAACGAAAUGGCCCUCCAAUCUACCACGCUUUGAGAGUCGACCAGAGGCCAUUGCAGUGUGCCGAGAGCUAUGUAAGGUGCAAUAUGUCAUGCGAGCCGAGAAGAGAGGGAAAGGAGAACUAGGCACGUCUCGAAUUCGAGAAUUCGAUGAGUCUGGCUAUUUUCUGUGGGUAUAUGAGGGAGAUAAGACAGUGAGCCACUUGAUGACAACUGCCUUGAUUAUCGGUUUCCUGUUCUGUGUCUGCUUCCCCAUUUGGCCAACCUUCCUUCGAGUCUUUGUCUGGUACCUUUCGGUCUCGCUUUUACUCUUUAUUUUCUUCCUGAUUACGGUUCGAGCCUUCGUAUUCCUCUGUUUCUGGAUUGUCGGCUUUGAAGUUUGGUUCCUGCCCAACUUGUUCGAUGAGACGCUUUCUUUUGCGGACUCAUUCAAGCCAAUUUGCUCCUUUGAGCCGACCAAACCAGGGCAGCUACCCUACCGAUUGGGUGUAGGCAUUGCCUUCUUUUCCUUCUGCUACUGGGCUGUCACUCAGCCCUCGGAAUUCGAUGGUUUUGUCAAUGCUCAGGGAGAUUUCUUGAAGGAUUUGUAUGCCGGUACAUUGCUUUCGGACAUGUCUCAGGAACAAAAGGAGAACAUUGACAAACCAAAGAGGCAGUCAUUGGAUGAUUUGUUGAAGUCGUUGGAUACUGACAUCAAUAACAACGAUUUUCAAGAUGAGGUCAGCGAGGAAGAGAAACUGGAGUCGAUGCUGGACAACCUAGUGGAUGACGAGGAAGAUAUUGACGAGGAAGAAGAGUAGAGCAUGGAAAUGCAAUAGGUUGGUGAGGAACGAUGCCAGCAGUCAACAAAUCGGACGGCAGCGCAACAACAAAUCGCAGCGCAAAACGUAAUCAAACUACCCCGGUGUAAUAUUUCUAUGAGGGCAACUAUUAAUUUUGCUCUACCCCGUUUAGUUUGAUGUGACGGCUAUUUCGUGGGCUGUAAUGUAAUUCAGCGAGCGAGGAAGUACGGUUG